ACCCAAGCGCGGAUUAGAGUCCCGUGCCCGAUUCAUGGACGUAAGCGGGAAUAGCCACCCCUACUAGGAACCUUUAUUAAACAAAUUUGUAAGAGAAAGUGUUCCUCAGUUUUGAUCUGAGCAAGAGCAGAGAAAAUAACAAAGGCUAAAAGGAAAAAACACACACACCAAAUUUCAAAACCUUUGUCACUCUACUCACUGCAACUACAACAUCCUCUCUUUCCCAUGGAUUACCUUAAGUCCGCGCUUCCUUCUCAAAUAAUGUCAGAACGAGGCUCCAAUCUGGUUGUUAUCAACCCAGGUUCUGCAAAUGUUAGGAUUGGCUUGGCUUCACAGGACACCCCUUUUAAUAUUCCUCAUUGCAUUGCUCGCCAUACCAAACAAAUUCCUAACUUUACUGUUAUAGAUCAGAUGCUUAAUAGUAUGGUUACAACAACACAGCUCAUCGAAAGGGAAAAAGCUUAUGAUUUUAUUGCACCAUUGUUGAAGAUACCGUUUUUGGAUGAAGGUCCCGGUAACUCUUUCCCCCGUAAGAUGGGACGUGUUGAUGGACACAAUCCUCAUAUCAGGAAGGAUUUGCCGUUGACCUGGACUAAUGUCUAUGAGGAGGCCACUAAUUCAUCUGUAUCAUUAGAGACUUCAAGUAAAGAUGAGACUGGUCAGUUUUUGGAUCCAAAAGAAGGUACACAUUCAAAGGAACCUAAUGCAAGUGAAAGAAAAUUCAAAGAGUUCAUUUGUGGUGAGGAAGCAUUAAGAAUAUCCCCAACUGAACCAUAUUGUUUUUGCCAUCCAAUUCGCAGAGGACAUUUGAACAUUUCACAAUAUUAUUCCAUGCAGCAGGUACUUGAAGAUCUACAUACUAUUUGGGACUGGAUUUUAAUAGAGAAACUGCACAUUCCUCACAAUGAAAGAAAUAUGUAUUCUGCUGUUCUUGUGAUGCCAGAAACAUUUGACAAUCGUGAAAUAAAAGAAAUUCUAUCUUUAGUACUACAAGAACUCCGCUUUGGCUCAGCAGUGGUACACCAGGAAGGUCUUGCAGCAGUUUUUGGAAAUGGAUUAUCAACAGCAUGUGUUGUGAAUAUUGGUGCCCAGGUGACAUCACUUAUAUGCAUUGAGGAUGGAGGUGCUCUACCUUCAACCGGAAAGACUUUGCCUUUUGGUGGUGAGGAUAUAUCAAGGGCUUUUCUCUGGACCCAAAGACACUACCAGACUUGGUCACCAGUUCAUUCAGAUGUUUUUGCAAAACCUAUAGAUCUGCUAAUGUUAAAUCAACUGAAAGAGACAUAUUGUGAAGUCAAGGAGGGGGAACUUGAUGCUGUUGCAGUAGUUCAUUCCUUUGCGGAAAAAGUGCCAGCUGUGUCUCACAAGACAAGGCUUUCUGCUCUUAAUGUUCCUCCUAUGGGAUUGUUCUAUCCAACACUUUUAACUCCUGAUGUGUAUCCUCCUCCUCCCCGUACUUGGUUUCACGACUAUGAGGAUAUGCUUGAAGAUACAUGGCAUAUUGACUUUUCCCGGAGGUCUGACAUGCCAGAUACUUUCUAUCCCAAUGUUAAUGGAGGAUUACCAAUGUGGGAAAGCUAUCCAGUUUUUUCAACUAAGCCAAAAAAAGAAGAGAAAGUUGGCCUUGCAGAGGCUAUUACUAACUGCAUUCUCUCAACUGGUCGCAUAGACAUCCAGAGAAAAUUAUUUUGUAGCAUACAAUUGACUGGUGGGGUGGCUUUGACAAGUGGCUUAGUUGCAGCAGUAGAAGAAAGAGUUUUACAUGCCAUUCCUCCAAAUGAAGCAAUUGAUACUGUGGAGGUUCUACAAUCAAGGACAAAUCCGACGUUUGUGUCUUGGAAGGGCGGGGCGAUUCUUGGUGUUCUUGAUUUAGGCAGGGAUGCAUGGAUAAGUCGGGAGGACUGGAUUCACAAUGGGGUCCAUGUUGGAAGUAACAAAAAAUACAAGGAUUCAUAUUAUCUUCAAGCUCAAGCUAUGUGUUAUAUGAAUUCUUGAAAGGAUGAUGAGACACUACAAUGAAGACAGGAAGAAGAAGAAAAAAAUGCAAAGAAUAUUUGAAGGCUACGUGUGAUAAUUAGUUAAUUAUAUGGAUUACAAUUCCAUAAUCCCCGGCUAACUAGGCCAUAGCAAACUCAAGUCUCACGUCGGAAGCUUAGGCAAAAGAAAUGGAAAGUAGUCCUUAUGAAUAUAACUUAUAGUCUACCUUGAAAUUUAAGAAGGGGUCAAUUACCCGGAUUCUCAUUUUGCCAUUGUUUUUACCUUUUGAAAUUUUAUAUUAAAUUAAAUAUUAUUUUGUUUAGUAGCAUAUGGCUAUUGAAGUGAGAAA